AUGGAGUCUGAUGAAAUUGUAGUUAGUUCACAAUCUCAUUUAAUAAGUUUCACUUCAACAGAACUUUACGAAUCAUCAACAUACUUCGGUAAAUUCUCAAUGGUUGCACCUGUCGAAGCCAUUUUUAGUUCAGAUGCUGGCUUUAUUGGUCCUAAAUAUUCCUACGUGAAUUUAACCUCAUCGAAUCCUUAUACGCAUAUAAAUUCUUCAUCAUCUAUCACCCACGAAUCUUCUACAUACAGCUUCAUCUUUUCAAGUCUCGCAUCAGAUGAAUCAAUGAUUAGUGCAAAAGGUAGUUUGGUUAGUUCAACAUCAUCUUUCAAUCGUGAAUGGCCUACAUUCAGCGGCAUUCAUUCGUUUAACGUAUCAGAUGAACCUAUGGUUGUCUCAGAAUCUGCGCUCCCUAGCUCUACUUCAAUGGUUUACGAAUCAUCUACGUACAACAGUAUAUUAUCAAAUGAUGUACAUGAUGAAUCUGUGGUUAGUUCUGACUCUGAAUUGAUUAGUGUAUCAUUCAAAAAAGAUAAAGAUUUAGUACCGACGAGAUCUUCUUUGAAUUCAAUAUCCACUUUAACUACAAACCCAGCUAGUUUUAUUUCAACUAAUUAUAGUCCAUCAAGACUUUAUAUUGAACAAUAUUUAGAAGAUAAAAGAAAUAUUGAUCCCAUCUUUUCUUCCAAUUUUGAAACUAUAACUCAAGCUUAUUUGUUUAAUUUUGAUUUAGAUACCUUUUUAAAUGAUAAAGGUAGAGAAUUACCAGAAUGUUUUAAUGAAGAUAAUCAUAGAGAUAAAACUGAUAGAAUUGAUAUCAAGAUGCAUUUAAUAAAAUAUUCUUUAAGCGGAAGAGGUAUAGUCUUGACCACUGGUGAUAAACAUGUUGAUGAUACUGUUCAUUUAAUUACAUUAUCAAGAGAACUUCAAAAUAGUUUACCUAUUCAAAUUGUUUAUUACGAUAAUCUUUCUGGUCGUUCAAAAUCAAGAAUUAUAAGAGCUGUGAGAGAAGAGAUGAAAGAUUUGCCCAAAUACGAACAAGUAAGAACUCGAUUAAAUUUUGUGGAAUCUUUUAGACUUUUAAGUCAUGGUGAAAAUGAAUUAUUUUGGUUUUCAUCUGUGGUAAAUGGUGAUCAAGGAUUUAUAUUUAAUAAGAAUUUUGCUGCUGCAGCAGGUGAAACAAGCUCUCCAAAAGUUUUAAAUGGUAGAAAUCGUCAAGCCAAAGAAGUUUGUUCUGCUCAUCAAGAAGGAUCACUUAUAAACGUUGAUGAGACCAGUCAAAAAUUAUUUAGAUUGAAUGGUGAUGUUUGGGAUGGUGUUGAGUGA